AUGGGCCCAACAUGGUCGUCUUCCAGUUAUCAACGGAAUUCGAUGGCAUCAUUCUCAUACCAAGAAAACGCGAAAAUCAAGAUCGGCGGUGGUGGAGCAGCGGCCAAAAGAGCUCGAAAAAUACUCCGAGACUAUCAGUUCCCAGAAAUCAGAGCUGACGAGUGUCAGCAACAGUUCAUAAGUGGUUGGGGACCGGGCGGACAAAAGGUCAACACCGCCCAGAAUGCAGUCCAACUAAAACAUAUCCCCACUAACGUUUCGGUGAAGGUAAGUCAACUCUUUUGUAUUCUUAUCCAGUUUUAGGUACAUGAAAGUCGGCUUUUAAGUGAGAACGUAUCCAUUGCAUUUGAACGUCUGAAAUACGCCGUUGACAAGCAUCUAAAUAAGGAUGAUUGUUAUAUGAAAAAAUUCGAUCAAAUUGCAAAGGAAUACGAGCAGAAGAGGAAGAGUCAGAGGAAGAAAAGACGAGAGGCUAAACAAAUCCCAGACGUCGACUGA